AUGGACUGCAUCAGUAAUAAUGUGGUCGCCCGCUGCGCUGACCCCUGUGAGCGCUACACUGAGCUGCACCAUGACUGGCGGUCGACAAAUAACACAAUGAAUUGGAACGCAAGCUGUGACAGAGAUAUUAACUGGCAAGGCUGGUAUCGUCUGUUCCUGAAUCAAACCAGUGCCCACAUUCCCGAGUGGUCCAACUGCUGCCGUUUUGGAUCACACACCAUCAAUGUCAAACUCUGCAAUGGAAACUACUACGUCUACAAACUGGUGAAGCCGAGCACAUGCCAACUUGCCUACUGUGCAGAGGUGGACAAAACAGACGUUGCAGUUCCUUUGACCACUCCUGGUCCAGGACAGCAAGGCACCUCUCAAACAGCAGCAGUGCACCACACCACAGUUUCACCAACCACACCUGAUCCAGGAUCUCAGACCUUCACCUAUGCAACGCUCACAUCUGGCACCCCUGGAACAACAGCGGAGGACAACAGCACAGGAGUCGUGGGACAGGUCCGCCUGGCCAAUUAAGGAAACAGCUCCUGCUCUGGCAGAGUAGAGAUCUUCCUCCUUGGACAGUGGGGGACGGUGUGUGAUGACAACUGGGACCUGGUUGAUGCUCAGGUGGUGUGCAGACAGCUGGGUUGUGGCAGGGUCCUGUCAUCACCACAAAGUGCACGGUUUGGACAGGGCAGGGGGCCCAUCUGGUUGGACGAUGUUGUAUGCUCUGGCAGCGAAUCAAAGCUGACCCAGUGCCGGCACCGAGGGAUUGGAUCUCACGACUGUAGUCACAGUGAGGAUGCUGGUGUCGUCUGUGAAGUCGAGGGACAGGUCCGCCUGGCCAAUGAAGGAAACAGCUCCUGCUCUGGCAGAGUAGAGAUCUUCCUCCGUGGACAGUGGGGGACGGUGUGUGAUAGCAACUGGGACCUGGUUGAUGCUCAUGUGGUGUGCAGACAGCUGGGUUGUGGCAGGGUCCUGUCAGCACCACGUCAAGCACGGUUUGGACAGGGCAGUGGACCCAUCUGGUUGGACGAUGUUGUUUGCUCCGGCAGCGAAUCACAGCUGACCGAGUGCCGGCACCGAGGGAUUGGAACUCACAACUGUGGUCACAGUGAGGAUGCUGGUGUCGUCUGUGAAGGGCUAAAUAUGGCUGCCAUAACAGCCAUGGGUUUGAACCCACUCUCCGGAAACCUGGCAGUUCGCAACUGCUCCUGGGUCAGAAUGCAUAAUGAUGUAGUUUGGUACGAGGUGGACGCUCAGGCAGGUGCAUGUGGAAACACACUGAGGACCAACCGUACACACGCCAUCUACUCCAACAGCUUAUAUCUCUACCAAGGAAAUGUGUCCUUCUCUCGUCCUGUGAGUCUUCCCUUCUCCUGUGCGUAUCCCCUCGACACAGACAUCAGCAUGAAUGUGGCAGUCAGACCAUUGUUGCUGUCUGCAGUUGGCCUCUCAGGCUUAGGUAGCAAAGCUCGUGCUUCCAUGUUUCUGUUCCGCACCUCCAGCUUCACUCAGCUUUAUCCAUCUGGUUUGAUCACGCUCCCUGUGGGCUCACCUCUGCAUGUGGGCGUCUCUGUAUUAGUCAGAGACCCAAGCUUUGUAGUUGUCCUGGAGAACUGCUACGCCUCUGACUCAUCAAACCCCAAUGAUACCGCACAAUACAUUUUCAUCCAGAACAAGUGCCCCACUGACCGACAGCAAGUGGCAGUGAUCGAGAGCGGCUCAUCCCGACAGGCUCGUUUCUCCGUCCUGUUUCUCCUGAUCGACGGUGAAUACAGUGACAGUUACCUCCACUGCAGCCUCAGCCUGUGUGACCAGAGGAGCUACAGCUGUGCCCCAACUUGCAGAAGAAGGACAUCUCGCUCUGUUUCCAGCUCUGCUCCUCUGAAGGCCCUCACCAUUGGACCAAUCACUUGGUCCAAGUCACCUGAGUAAGCUGGUAACAUAUAAUACAUCCAUACAAUGAGUUUGUAAU